CAUCUCAAUCUCGGAGCACCGAGAUCGAGCAGGGUUGGGGGCUGCUAGAGAGAUGGUCUCCAAAGGAGGCAGGGACGCCGGGGAGCCUAAAGACAUGGAGAAUUGCAGAGGGGGCAGACCCAAGAUGUAGGCAGCAACCUGGAGAUAUAAAUCUGGGGACACAAAGAGAGAAAGCGGGACUCGGGAUGGGGGCGGGGGGAACGCAGACCCGAAGGACAGACGUAUAACAGACCCUUGGAGAGACAGAAGGGAACGAGGAGGGACCCGGAAAGAGAUCCGGCGGGCUGCAAAAACCUGGGCGACCCAGGGCAAGACUGGCGGGAGAUGCCAAGGGCGUCCAACCCCCGCUGCUCCAGUUCCUCCUGGGUCCGAAUCCGGAAAGGCACGUGAAAAGAGUUCUAGGCGCCUAGUGCCCGCCUCGGACUCAGGGGGUGCAACACUGCAAGCUUAGGACUUGGAAGGAGGAGGUACGAGGUAGGGUGGAGCGUCCCCGUCGAGACGUCUUUCAAAAGACUACAAGUACCAGCAAGCACUAGGGCCCCCACUUCGAGGAACAAGCUUCUCGGCGCGCAAGGACGGAAGGGAACUGUAGUUUCCCAAGGCCGUUGCGACCAGGGGGUGGAGUCUCUCGGAACUUUCCCCCCCAAACUUUUUAGGGACUCCUCAGGCGGAGUCCCUAGGCUUCCGCGCGCAGGGCCAGAGACGGGGCGUCAUUUAUGUCAUUCGUCCCUCCUGGCUUUGCUAGCGGGUGGGGGAAUUGACCUAUUGGAAUCAGCUGACAGGGAGGGGGCGAAGAGAGGCGGCCCAACGGAAAGGAGGGACCCUGAGGUGCCCGACUCCCCCAGCCCAAAACUAGCCCGGCCGGGUCAUGGCCAAGACCAAGCCGCGGAUCCUUCCUUGGCUGCGGGAGCAGCUGGACUCGGGGCUCCUGGGGGCCGUGUGGAUCAAUGAAGAGCGCACGCACUUCUACAUCCCCUGGAAGCACGGGCUCCGCCAGGACCUACAGGAGGAUGAUUUCCGCAUCUUCCAGGCGUGGGCAGAGGCCAGCGGCAGCUAUCGGCCUGGCAUCGACGCCCCCGACCCAGCCACCUGGAAACGGAACUUUCGGGCGGCGCUGGACCGCAAGAAGAACCUCCGCGUGCUCAGCAACUGCAGCCGGGACCCGCAGAACCCGCACAAGAUCUACGAGUUCUUGCCGGAGGUCGGGGAGGGCCCCCAGCCCGGAGCAGCCGAGCUGGAGCAGGAGGCCAUACAGGAUAUCCUGAAGACGCUGACCCUGUCCCCGCAGCCGCCCCCGCAGCAGCCCCCCGAAGCCUUCAGCCCCAGCUCGAUCCUGGAGCAGCUCCCCCAGAUGCCAGAGCCGGUCCCGUCCAGCAACCCCCUGAUGGCGCUUCUGGCCAAUGGCCUGCAGUCCGAGUACGAGGUGACGGCCUUCUACAGGGGCCGCCAGGUCCUUCGGGAGUGCCUCUCCUGCCUGGAAGGCCUGCGGCUGGUGGGGCCGGGCCCCGGGGCGGAGGCCAGGACGCAGGUGGCCGGAACCGCCCUGGCCCUGCCCGAGCCCUGGAGCAUCUUGGCUGAUCAGGCGGUAGCCCGUUAUGUGGGCAGGGUGCUGGGCAGCCUGGGGGCCGGGCUGGCCUUGUGGACCUCCCCGGCGGGGCUGCGGGCUCAGCGCCUGGGCCACUGUCGAGCCUACUGGGCCCUGGGAGAGCAGUUGGCCCCGGGGGCCACAGGCAGGGAAGUGACCAAGGAGAGCACCGGCCAGCAAGUCUGCUACAUUUCCCAGUUUGUGAACGAGCUCAUCUCCUUCCUGGAAGGCAGUCACCACUCGCCCCAGUACACCCUCUGGUUCAGCCUAGGGGAGGCUUGGCCCACAGAAGCCCAGCCGUGGACCAAGAAGCUUAUCAUGGUCAAGGUGGUGCCCACCGCCCUGCGGGCGCUCCACGAAGUGGCGCAGGCCGGGGGAGCGUCCUCCCUGGAAGAGGUGGACCUGCACAUCUCCAGCAGCCUCUCCCUGUCCCUGGCGCCUGCCCAGCUCCACAGCUACCUGCAGGAGCUGACCCACACCAUGCAGUGGGAGUCCGGGGCUCACUGCUGACGGGUCCCCCCUUCCGGGCCGAGCCACCCUGACCCCUCCCCCGAGCCUGUACCUUCUCUGCAAAAUAAAAGGGCUGCUAUCGUA